AUGGGCGACAUGGAUCAUGAGUCCCUAACGGAACUGCAGGAUUGCUGGAACUUUUUCCCUACAAGUGGAUGGUUUCAACUGCCACUGGACAUUCCCGGAUCGAGGUUUUACCAACUCCUACAGGGUAGAAAACAAAUGAUGAAGAUAUUAGGUGACAUGGUCUCCAUGAAGAUAGCAUCGGGAGAAAGAGUUACUGACUUCAUGGAGAUCAUAUUCAGUGAAAUGGGGUGCCAAGGGGAGAGCAGGAGCAGGAGCGUGGAAAAGGCCGUUGAAUACAUCUUUAGUUUUUUCAUAGUAGCAAGUGAGACAACCCCGCGGUUUCUUGCCGCUAUACUAAAGCUAGUAUCCGGCAAUCCAAGGGUCCAGCAAGAGCUGCAGAGGGAGCAUUCUGACUUCACUCAAGUGACAUGGGAGGACUAUAAAGGCAUGACUUUCACCCACAUGGUAAGACGCUUAAAAGCCACUGCCGAUAAGACUUUCACUCAGUCAUCGGUUAUUAACGAGGCCCUCCGUAUCACCAGCACUGGCCCAACUGUAUUUAGAAGAACUAGCCAAGACUACCAAAUUGGAGGCUAUCGAAUUCCAAAGGGGUGGAUCUUCAUGGGGUACCCUCUCGUUCAUUUUAACGAACUAUACUACGAGAAUCCAUUUGCAUUUAAUCCAUGGCGGUGGAAGGUGGUCGAUGAACGAAGGAACCACAGUGCUUAG